AUGGCACAGAGCAAAACAGACAUUCCAAAGGUUCCGUCAGGUUGGAAAGCUAUUUUCGAUGAUGAAUACCAAACAUGGUUCUACGUAGAUCUUUCCACCAAAAAAUCACAAUGGGAUGAACCAAAAGGUACAACAUGGCCUUCUCGUGAAGCACAAAGACCAAGUGGUCCUCCACCUCCUCCAGGAUAUAGUAGACAAGACCCAUCUCAAACUCGAUCACAACAACCAUAUGUGCCUCAACAGCAAUCACAACAACCAUACGUGCCUCAACAGCAACCACAACCACAACCGGUGAGAUAUGCUCCACAACCUCAAAUGGCACCUCAACCGAUGUAUUAUCCACAGCAACCGGUGUACCAACAACCACAACAAAAUAGAGGUAGAACUAGUAGUAUGAUGUCCCCAAUGAUGGGUGUCGGUGCAGGUUUGUUAGGUGGUGCUCUUUUAAGUAAUAUGUUUGAAUCUCAUCAUCCUGAUACCAUUGUAGAGAAUAAUUACUAUAAUGAUGAUAAUAAUAACGAUAAUUAUGAUGGAGGUGAUUUCGGUGGUGGAGACUUCGGUGGUGGAGACUUCGGUGGUGGAGACUUCGGUGGUGGAGAUUGGUAA